AGCUUGUCGUACAAGGCUGAAGCCGCCCCAUAGGGUCUUCUACGAUUACGGUUGGCUUCAAAGUAUUGGGAUCGCCAACUGAUCGAAUACGGCUUUUAAACGGUGGAGGAUCAGAAAGGCGUGAAACUUCUAAGCAGCUGAGACCUAAGUGCGGAGAUGAACUACAAGUCGAGUGCCAGAGUGGAUUAUUUUCUUUUCGCAACGUUCUUCUUGGCUUCGUUAUAUUCUAAAUGUGUGUAACUUCGUUCAACAUUCGAAAUUAAGUCCUCUCGCGGCUGAACCGGUGAACCUUGCUUUAGAGCAACAAGAGGAAGAAAGAGGUAUAGUAAGAAUCAAGAGAAAACUCGAGAAUUUGGUGAAAGGCAUUUCCAAUGUCAAACAAACCACCUCAAGACCACAAACCUUCUGAUGGGGCUCCUGCUUAUGUCGACAUCGAGAAACUGAAGGAACCAGAGUGCAGAGCAUGGCAAAGUGAUAUGCUGCUCGCUUUGCAGCAGAAUGCUGCCCCUGAGCCAAUUCGCUUAGCUUGUAUGAAGAACCUGCCUUCCAGACCAUCGUUCUUUCAAGAAGAGUUUCAUGGCCGCAUUCCUCGGGAGGAAGUCGACGAACUACUCUCUGGUCCUAAUGGUCCAGUCAACGGAAGAUACUUAGUGAGAGAGAGUAAUAGCUCACCCGGCGACUACAGCCUGUCCUUAAGUUACGGUGGACAUAUUCUUCAUUAUAGACUAUUCUACGAAAACGAAAGAUUUUUCAUCGAUUCUACUGAUGAGAAGAAAUACAAGUCGAUCACAGAUCUUGUUGUUGAUGUGCUCAAUAUGUUUCGCGUGAUUGAUGAUGUGGAUGGACAUGUGCCAAAAGAAGAAAAGAAAAAACCCAUCGCUUGCCCUCACGUAUUCAAACCUUACUCUUACAAACAUUUUAAAUGGUGCGCAUCUUGUGGAGGUUUUAUGUGGGGAAUUAAAGAUCAAGGUAUGAAGUGCGAGGGAUGUGGCCUGGAUGUUCACAGCCGUCCGCGUUGUAUGAAGAAUGUUGAAGGAGAGUGCCCACUUACUUUACCUUGUAAAGAAAAGAAAGUUCCACGUAACAAAUUAAGUGCCUCAAGUUUUCCACCCAAGCAGAGUACUGUGUCUGUUGACACAUUCAAAGCUAGUUGUGAAUAUCAAGAGAGCUGUAUUAGAUUCCUCAGUUAUUUGAACAUUCCUUCAUGUUAUUUUGAAGCAGAUGCAUUAAAUCCCUGUUAUUGUGAAGAGUGCUGUCUUGAUGUUGAAACACCAUUGUGUAAGAGUGGUAACCCUCCCCAAACAUACUCGCUGCCUACAGGAUGGUGUCGCUUUCAACUUGGGGCUGCUAGUGGGCAGGAAAAUAUUGUUUCAUCAAACUGGAAUUUGGCAUUUAUGUCUUUAAACCCAAAGGAGGUUGUCAAAGUACUUGAGUCAAAUACCACAGAUAAUCAUUCAGAAGACCUGAGUGAGGAUGGGUCUAAGCCAUUGAUAAAGAUGACACCUUCUAUUAUAUGUGCUGAUUUGGAUGCACCAAAAUUAAAGUACAAUGACACUGAGACUGGCGAAGUCAAGGCAGGCCAAGUUGUCUUGCAAGCUUACAUUGAACCAUACUCGUACCAAAUGAUGCGGAGACCAGGAAUGAAUGAUGAAAUUGAUCCAUAUUUUAAAAUGGACACUAUAUAUUGGGUGACAAGGCAAGCUUCAUCCAUUUUACCAUUUGCACUGCUUGUAAAGACCAUGGAUGCAACCUACUUGAAUCUAUGAAUGCAAGUAGUUUAUCUUUUUUUUUCCAGGAUGUGCUCACUGCUAUACGAUAUACAAUUUCCCCGAUAACUGAAUAGCCAAAAAUGAGUUGUCUAAGUGAUGCUCAAUCACUGGAUGCAGCUUUAUAAUUACAAUGUUAGCUCAUUUGUUGUAAGGAUGCAACAAGCAAGAGCAUCUCUUGAGUAAUCUUCUUAUGUACUGUGCAUCUAAAUUAUCAGCCAACUACAACUGAUUCAAAGCAAAAGACCUUCAGUUCUACUGGAAGAUUGUCAAACUUUGUCAAGUGGCAGCACACACUGGGAGAGAGGCACUAACUUUGUAUCAGUCUCAAGAUCCCAGAUUUAAGCAGGGUACCUAUGUUAAAGAUAGGACACACUAGAGCAUUUAAAAUACAGAUGUUUGAUUCUCUAGCAUGGAUGAACUACAUUUUGCUUAAGGCACAUUAUCAAUUAUCACACAUCAAAUUCUAUAAAAAAAGCCUGAUCAUUUUAACAGUGGUCAUGUGAAUGAGAGAUUUUUAUGAUUUCAAUUUUUAAGGGAAUGCCAUGAUUUUAUCUGGUAAUAGGCAUUUUUAUUAUUUUUUUAAGAAAUAAAUGUGCAUAAGCAUCAACUUUUAAGGCCUCAAGUGCAUCUUUUCAUGCACAAGAAACUUUUCUCAGUUCUUGUGAUUUAAAAGGAAGCAAAUGUUUGCAGAAUGGUUCAAAAAAUAAAUUCCAAUUGUUAUGGUAGAAAUUUCACUGAAAAAAUUAUUCUCACUCUUUUGACAAAAAGCCAUAUUUGAAAGAAAUCUCAAACAAUUGGAACAUGAAAAAGUUAUAAUUAUUCUUAUACAAAUAUAUUAGUAAAGAAAUAUAAUAAAUAAACAGAUGAUUACAUAACCUACCAAAAAUAGGAAACCAAUGUCAGUAAAGAAAAGCUGAUAUACUCUCUUGACAGUACAUAAUGGAUCUUAGUGUAAAGUGGGGGACAAAGUGUUGGAAACAGGCUCCUGAAUUUAGAAUUUGUUCAUAAAUCCAUACUUAAAAGUCUGAUCAAUGAGGUCUAUCAGUUAUGUCAUGGUGUCUUUUGGCUAUUGAAAUUUGUACAGAAAAUCUACCCAUGAGUGUUUAAUUUUAUCUCCAAAGACUUUGUCUUUAACAAGCGACCAUCAUUGUGUGACUAAAAGAGAGGUAAUUGCUUGCAAUAAAUUAUUUGCAUGCAAGAGUAACAUUUGGAAAGGUGGGGCAGGACACUGACACCUCUUUGGUGCAGAUCUACCCCAUCGGAGUUAUGGUAUGUGUAUUUGUAGGAGAGAGGUGGAGGGGGAUUUAGGAGUCUUUUUUCCUCUCUUCCCACCCAGCCUACUGUCCUCUCUGAGAUAUUCCUUUCUCUUCUCAACUUUCUAAAUAAAAUGACACAAUGGAAUACUUAUGGCUCAUUGACAAAAAAUAUCCUUGUACAGCAAACUGAAUGCAAACUCAAUCAAGAUCCUGAGCCCUGAUGCGACAUGCUGCUUAGCCAGCCAUAUCUUUACUUCUUUAGGGUUUGGAAGCAACUCCUGUCAAGAAAUUGAAACCUUAUUUCUGCCUUUUUUUUUGAAUUGAUAGGUUUUAACUUUCUUCAUAAUUUGUAUUUUGAAGGGUUUGAUAGAUAAAUUUAAAAGAUGUAGGCCCAUUUAAAUAGAGAGACAAUAGUUUAAUGAGUGUGUUGCAAUGUACAGAUUUCCUUUUCUCAAUGUUAUACCUUCAUAAACACUUUCAGUGUAAGUCACAUCUGUUACACCUUUGAGGUCUGAUAUCUACAAGUCUGUACAGGAAUUAAAAAAUCUUGCACUGUA